CUUAAGAACGGCUCGAGUGACAUAACUAAAUUCUUUUUUGUUAUAUUCCUAAUUAUCAGGCCAAGGUUUGUAUCAAAUUGUUGUUGUAUUGUUUGUAACUGGAUAAAAUAUAAUAAAUUUACAAAUAGCCGAUGGCUACACUUUUCAGUGCGCAACUACGGCAGGCUUUACACAUCGUGUAUCGUAGUAUACUAAGUUAUGCUCUUUGGGUCGAACACUAACAUCAGCAAACUAAUUGCCAACAUUGAAUCUUAUUUCUUAUGUUUUUAUUAUUAGGAAUGAUUACUAUUGAUUUUUUUAACAUUUUUGGAAAAAGGAUGGAAUACCACAUAAUUAUAGUUUCACAUAAUUCAUAAAAUGUAUAAUAUAUAACUAGAUUUGUAUUGCUGAAUAAUAAUUUGACAAGAAAAUAAUAAGCUAGUCGAUAAUGUAUUGUAAUCGACUCGAAUAAAUUAAUAUCUUAUCAGUAAACACACAAUUUUAUUUUGUCUUUUUGCUCUGUACUGUCCUCAGAACAAUGACAUGCAUUGCUGGCAUCGGUUUUUGACUUUGACAAAUGACAGUUGUGAAUUGACAUUUAUCUUAUUUUGUCAAUUGCGAUUUGCGAUGGCGAAAAAAUUUACGUGGUCCUAGGUUAUUGUUGUUUUAUUGAUUUUUAUGAAACAAACAGUAAUUUUGCCUUUGAGUUUAAUCUAGCAUUGUGUUGUGGAAAUCAGUACGCGAUGGAUGAAGACAAGUUCGCCCUAGUUGAGAAAAUAAUAAAAGACAUCGACAACGUUAUGUUGAAAAACGAUGAGUUGUGCGCAUUUGAUAUAGUGCCUGUGGAAAGUAAUUUUCAAAAUAAAUCGCCUGUUCUACAUUUAGAAUACUGCCUCGGUUUGGAGUCGUGGUGUGUAAAACAUGUUUAUAUGUAUUGCUACUCAGAAAUUAUGGACAAAUACUUAUCAAAACCGAAACGUAAAAACUUUAAACUGACCUCAAUACACUCAGAGAAGUUAGCAAGAUUGCUGAAUGUGACUUUAUUGUUAAACCCAGAUUUGAGUACACUCUGGAACAAAAGACGCGAGAUGGUUCUGAAAUGUUUUCUGGAUAAGGGUUCUGAACUGCGUUUUACAAGAUUAGUAUUGUCUCGAAAGCCUAAAUGUAAUGAUGCAUAUGCAUACAGAAGAUGGUUGUUAGAAUUAAUAUUACAAGAUGAAUCACUACAGUUAAAUAGGAUUGAAGUUCUUGUUAACGAAGAGCUGUUCAUUUGUGAAUUAGCAGCUGAUAAGAGCCCAAAUAACUACCACAGUUGGAAUCAUCGGAUGUGGUUGGUGAACACAUUAAAAACAAUUCAACGAAGAUUUGAUAUGAAUUUAUUAUACAUAAAAGAAUAUGUAUUUUCUGAGAGGUGGACAUCUAAACAUGUUUCGGACUUCAGUUGCUUCCACUACAGACAGUUUUGCAUAAAAAAUGUUCUGACAAUGGACAAUGACACUUGGAAGACAUUCCAAAAUAAUUUAGAUACAAAUCUACGCAAGAAUUUUGUAAGAGUUGUAGCUGAUAAUUUACCAAAAGAUAUCACUGCGGACACAUCUGAAGCAAAUUUACUCACAUAUACUGAUGAUAACUUAAUGAAUUUACUAUUGAGUUAUACAACCAAAAAUUGCAACUGCGCCACCAAUAACACAUUUGUCUGUAGAAAACUAGAAAUUUUAUAUCAUGAAUUAGUUUUAAAUAAUGAAUUGUUACAGUUUUAUAAAUAUCAUGAGACACUGUGGUACCAUCGGCGAUAUAUUGUACACGAAGUUAUGUCAACUAUUUAUGAUUAUUUUGGUUUAACGAGACAGAAUGGUGCACUAGUCAAAAACAUAUGUAGUAAAUGUAACAUAGAUGUUUUGAGACAGAAGCAGGCGAAAAUUGUUAGGUAUGACAGUCAACGCAUCUACUCCAGUGUGUUGUUUAACAUACUUUUAGGACAUGAGAAGAAAUUUAUAGAGGAAAGACGGAGUGACUCUGAUAAUUAUGCUGACAGGCAUGAGAAGUACAUGAAGUUUGUAGAAGGACUCAAUAUCAUGUGAAGAUAUAUAAUUCAGAUACAUCCAAAAAAAUUACUAUGGAUAUCACACUUUACUCAAAUUAUGCAUUCCUGUUUUGUUUAUGAAUCUUUCAUACAUUUUAGUAAUAUUUAGAUUUUUGUAAAAAUAAAUAAAUUCCAAUCAGAAACAUACAUAGAAACUGAUUUCAAUUUUUAUAUUGAAUAUUCAACAUGUAAUUUUUGUAUCUAAUAACUUCAGCAAUAAUUAUAUAAGAUUUUAUACAGUUUGUACAUUGUCUACAACAUAUUAUAUGAUUGUGGUUUGGUCCCUUAACCAUAAACUGCCACAUUUAUUUUUCUUGUAGCAUCACAAAGCUGGUAAUGUGAGUAAAGGAAUAGAUUGUUUUAUUAAGUUUUAUUUCAAAAUUAUAUUCUUAGGAUUUUCUUGAUACCAUUGAGAUAAUUAAUUAUAUAUAUUUAAUCGAAAACUUAUGCAUUGCUAUUUUAUUGUAAAUAGUUUUUAUUACAAAUAUUUAAUAACAUCUUGCCUUUUGAUUAUGUUUGUUGUUAAUUUGCGUUAAUUUAGCUAAUUUGUACAUAAUUAUUACAUUAUUUUAUUUGAAAGCAGCUCAUAGAUUAUUCUAAAUUUAAGGAAAUGUAUUUAUAAAAAUUAAUAUAAUUCUUAAACUUGUGUGACAAGUACAUUAUGGCCGAUAUGGAAUGAAAUGGAGUCAACUUAUCUUAAUAAUGUUGAUAAUAUGAUCUGUGUUAUUUUCCUUAUUUUAACUGUAGUUUUAGCAAACAAUUUCGAGGUGUCAAAAUACCAAAGCGAUUUACAAAACUAUUAUUAAUAAACAAGGAACCAUAACUUCACUGUGGCUUCUUUGUCGCUUUUCAUUGAUUUUGUAAUUAAGUUUGGACCCUUGAUAUCAAAGUAGUACUCAUUAUAGACUAUAAUAUUGGCUUGAUUUUGACUGUUUCUAAAGAAACAAAAAUUAUGUUUGGUUUAAGUUUGUUUUGCUUGAUUAAUAUAACUCAAAUUUGUUGCUGGAUUUAGCAAUUUUAUUUGUGUGUUGUUACUGGAAAGGGUCCACAUUAUCAAGGGUUACUGGAAAGGGUCCACAUUAUCAAGGUCAUGUAAUACAUAAAUUAAUUUAGAAAGGCAAAUGCGAAAAUGUCUUAAAAUCGUUUUUAUCUGAUAAAUGUUUUAUUUCUCAGAUUAUUUUACUCAAGGAAGAAAGAGAUAAAACGGUGUUCAGUCAAAACACUGAUUAAUGAAGUUUAUGGGUGAAAGGUGAUGAAUAUAUUUACGUUUACCCACACAUAGUUAUUACGUGUAAUGUAUUUGUGUGUAUUGUAUUAACAAUACUGUGUAAUUUUAAUAAAAAGACAUUUUUAUCUUUCAAUAAAUAUAAUGCAUCUGA